AAUACUAAGAGGAGUGAAUCUUGCAACCACACAGUGUUGUCAAUAUUGUCGCGCGCUUCACCUCCGAUCAUGGGCACUAGUAAGCGAAUCGAGUGCAUCUUUUUCAGUGAAUUUCAUCCGACUCUCGGGCCGAAAAUCACCUAUCAGGUUCCUGAAGAGUAUAUCUCAAGGGAAUUGUUUGAUACAGUGCAGGUAUACAUCAUCACCAAACCAGAACUACAGAACAAACUCAUUACAGUGACUGCAAUGGAUAAGAAGCUUAUUGGAUGUCCAGUGUGCAUCGAACAUAAAAAAUACAGCCGCAACGCCUUGCUUUUCAACCUGGGUCUCGUGUGCGAUGCCCAGACGAAGACGUGUGCCCUUGAACCCAUAGUCAAGAAGCUCUCACAGUACCUCACAACUCUGGAGCUGGAGAGUGGCUUUAUUUCCAACGAGGAGAGUAAACAGAAGCUAUUGCCCAUCAUGUCUACAUUACUUGAGGAGCUCAACGCAACAGGAGCCUGUACUCUUCCUAUCGAUGAGUCCAAUACAAUUCACUUGAAGCUGAUCGAGCAGAGGAAAGAUCCCAUCAUCGUUCAGGAGUACGAUGUCCCGGUUUUCACUCAAACCAAAGAGCGCUAUAUCAAGUCUCAGUGGGACCUCACCACACAGCAGAUUCUGGCCUACAUCGAUGGAUAUCGACACAUACAAAAGAUUUCUGCUGAGGCAGAUGUUGAGUUGAACUUGGUCCGAAUCGCAAUCCAGAACUUACUGUAUUAUGGAGUUGUAACACUAGUCUCAAUAUUUCAGUAUUCCAAUGUCUACUGCCCAACACCAAAAGUCCAGAGCCUGAUAGAUGACAAAGUUAUUCAGGAGGAAUGUCUUCAUUAUGUCAAUAAACCUGGACAGCGACCCAGCGUCCGAGAUGUUUUUCAGCUUUAUAGUGGCUUGACUCCAGGAACUACAGUGCGAGACCUGUGUUCCCGCUACGCUCAGCAAUUACAAAGAGUAGAUGAGAGAAAGCUGAUCCAGUUUGGUUUAAUGAAGGGCCUGAUUCGGAGGUUGCAAAAAUAUCCUGUUAAAGUUGUUCGAGAUGAGCGAAGUCGUCCUCCAAAACUUUACACUGGUUGCCACAGUUAUGAUGAGAUCUGCUGCAAAACUGGAAUGAGCUACAAAGAGCUGGAUGAGCGAUUAGAAAAUGACCCCAAUAUUAUCAUCUGCUGGAAGUAAUGUGUUUAUUAAGACUUUGUGGAUUCUUUUAUCUGAUCAAGAAAACCAGCACAGUCGAGCUGUAAAAUGCAGUCGCUGGGACUGCAGUCUGGGACAAAUAAAAGAUUUGUUAAGUGGCUCAAUGACACCCAGGGCCUCAACCAAAAUCCAAGAACAUAUACAUUCAGCUCCAGAAAUAUCGACACGCUUGGAAGGGGGAAAGUAUUUGCAAUUAAUUUGAUUAUUAUAACACUGGAACAUGAGUGCACUCUAACAUUUAAUCUGAUAGUGUUUGAGAAAACUACAAUGAUUGGUACCUGUAGAGCUUAUUUCUAAAGCUUAAUCAAUUGUUUAGGAACAAAAUGUUUUUGUCCAUCACCUUCAUUUUAUUGUAUCUACAAUACGUAGAUAAUGUAUUUACUGUCUUAUAUAUUUAUAUAUAUUACACAUUCCUAUCUUUCUAUUUCUUUUUUUUUUUUAUCUUCUUGCUUGGAUUAGAUGGAAAUCAUUGCACUCAUUGUCACCCUUGAAGAGAAAGUUAAUUUUUGGUCUCCCCUAAAAGAAUGAGAUUGCAAAAAAAAAAAAAAAAAAAUCAUCCUAUUCCCAGGUAUGUUACAUUUUUGGGUGCAUCUUGACCAAAACCAUGACCUUGAAAAAGGCAACUUGGUUUUGUGCUAAAGUAUUAUAUAAAGCUACUUCAAGAGUAUUAUGUUUGAAUGGCUGCUGAAAUGUGUUGUAUUUCAGCACUUGCAUAUUGAAAUUGUGUGAACUCCACAAGACUCCACAAGUUUAAUGAAUAAAUCUGAUGAUCCCUGUUUUGAUCAGAUCAA